CACUUUAAAAAUACAGCUUAUUAGUAUAACUCUAUUAAUAAAGUUAGUAAUUGUUUGAAUUAUGUAUAAAUAAUAUUAACUCACCAAAACCAACGUUGCAGUUUUAUGACACCACGGAAAUUGAAUCUUACAGUAUUUUAUUGGGAAAAGAAAAUUGUUUUAUUAAAGAAAGUAAAUAGAAAGUUCUACUGAAUAAGGAAUUAAGCACGUUAGAUAUUCCAUCUUAGAAAGAUCAGUCAACCCACAAGUCGUCAAGGUAAAACAAAAAGCAAAAUCUAACUUUAAAAAAAAGAGAGAUUCUGAUUUUCUGUAUUAUAAUGAUAAUCCAACUUUGUUUUGUGUCUAUUAGUUAUUGUGUUUAUGUCUAAGAAAGCAUUAUAGUUUAUUUUGGACGAGCUAAUACAAUAUAUCAUAUUUUGUUUUGUCUAAGGUAAGCAAAUAUGGAUCUGCUUUCUGGUUUGAAAAACUUCUUUAGAGUGGACACGACUACAAUAGACAACAACAUAUUCCGUUUGCAUUACAAAGUGACUUCAGCCAUCCUGAUAGCUUUUAGUAUGCUUGUAACUGGACGUCAGUACCUUGGCGAUCCUAUUGAUUGCAUUCCACAGAAAGGGGAGAUACCCGAGAACAUGCUGGACACUUUCUGUUGGGUUCAUACAACAUAUAGUUUACCCGAUGCUUGGCACAAACAAGUCGGCGUAGAUGUUGCUUACCCAGGAGUAGACAAGUACAAAGAAGGAGACGAAAGAGUCUUCCAUGCUUACUAUCAAUGGGUAUGCUUCGUUCUCUUCUUGCAAGCCCUUUUGUUUUAUGUACCACGAUUUUUCUGGAAAGCCAUGGAAGGAAAAAGAAUUAAAAAUUUGAUCAUGGGUCUAAAUUGCCCCAUAGUUGCCGAAGAGACAAAAGCUGCGAACAAGAAACUUCUUGUCGACUACCUUGUAGCAAAUCUCAACAACAACAAUUUGUAUUUUGCGCAUUAUAUUCUUGCCGAAAUUAUGAACUUUGUGAAUGUGGUUGGACAAAUGUUUUUGAUGGAUGUUUUCCUGGGUGGGGAGUUCUCAAAAUACGGCACGGAAGUUCUCAAAUUCACUGAGUACGAUGGUUCCAUACGUUUCGAUCCUAUGGUUAAAGUGUUUCCCAGGGUCACAAAGUGUACGUUCCAUAACUUCGGAUCAAGCGGCGACGUGCAGAAGAUCAACACGCUGUGCAUAUUACCCAUCAACAUCAUAAAUGAAAAGAUAUACAUUUUCCUCUGGUUCUGGUUUGUUAUCCUUGCAGUACUUUCUGGUUUAGUUUUGGUGUACAGAUCGGUGAUUAUAUUUUGGCCAGAAUCGCGCUUCUUUAUUUUGCGCUCAAGGAAUCGAAUUGCUGAACCACACUGCAUUGAAGCAGUUGUUAGGAAGUCAAAAUUGGGAGAUUUUCUAGUUUUAGAUUUGUUAGCCAAAAAUUUAGAUUCUUUACAUUUCCGCGACAUUGUUAGAGAGUUUUCAACAAGGGUCGGCGAGAAGCAUUUGGACUAUGUGACAUGUUAAAUUGGCAUUCUGACAUAAAAUUGAGACAAUCAAAUUAAGAGCUGUGAUUACUUUAGAGAGCUUAUAGAAAAAAAAAGCUCUGCUAUGUUUGUUAUUGAGGGUUCCUUAUCAAAACUGUUACUCGUUUAAAAAGUUCUGCUUCACGUCAACAACGUGUAUGAACGCAUUAAUUAACUUUAACUAGUUCAUGCUAAACAGCCAUAGCAUUUAUUUAAAAUAUUGUCAUGGCUAGAGAGCUUAUUUAAUUAGUUGACUUGUGACAAAUGAAGUGGAAAAUUAAUAUAGUUAUUAUUUUUUAAAAACAUUACUAUUAAUAUUUUCCUUGUUAUGUACAUAUUGUUUUCUGUUUAUAACAUAUUUUGUAGAAUUUAUAUAAAUUUAUUUGCUUCAUUUGUAUAAUUUUAUUUAAACGUUUCAAAUCUUCAACAUUAUCCACUUAGCAUUAAAAUAUUAAUGUAAUAGUUUCUUAUUUGUUAAAUUCGACUGUUCUUGUACUUUUUUUCAACUUUUAUUUAUUAAUUUUUUCUCAAAUUUACUUUUGUGUCCUUACAAGUUGAUACCGAUGAGUUUUAUUUUAUGAUAAUUUUUUGCACAAAUCUGCAUGUUAAUUCAAAACUAUUUUCAUAACUUCUACAAAUAUUUAUCAUAGAAAUGUAAUAUUUUGAAAUGUAAUGAAGCAAAACUGUGAUAAGCCAGUCACAUUCACUGUAAAUUUUACUUGAAGAUUUUGUUAAAUUGCAUUAAGCGCACAAAAAUAUAGUAAUUUUGCUCUGUUUAUGAUGCGAAAAUUUAAUGUCGUUGGAAUAAAUCAAGUAUAUGUCGAAUAACUAACUCAGAAAAUACUGUGGAAUGUUUUUUUUUUCAAUUUUACAUGGUAAAAAUUUUGUACAAAUUUGUUGUUAAAUUAUAGAAUUUAAGAACCAGUUUACUGUGUAUACGACUGGGAGUAUUGUUUAUUUUUGAAAUAAAAAAUUUCAACAUUGAAAA